CAGAUGGGUUACGUUUGAUGUUGGCAAUCGUUAAGUUUGGCAAACAGCUGACUGUUGCGUAAUUUGUGAAAAUGGCAAACAGGGUUUUGAAAUUUGGUAUUGCGUGCCGCCGAUUAUUUUCGAUCACUUCAGCGCAGAAUUUAAGGGUGCUGACAGACAUUGGCACAAGAACAUUCUCAAACCACCUAUUUAAGUAUGGUGGGAAUAAAUUGUUUUUCACCUACAUACAACCAAGGAGAACAAUGUUCAUACAGACUCAGGAAACGCCGAAUCCAAAUUGUCUGAAAUUUUUACCGGGUGUGGAGGUUUUGGGGCCAGGUCAGACUAGGGACUUCCCUAAUGGGCAGUCAGCUCACUGUUCACCACUUGGACGCUUGUUGUUUCGCAUUGAAGGAGUUAAGUCAGUGUUCUAUGGGCCAGAUUUCAUCACAGUUACCAAGGUUGAUGAUGAUUCAGUGGAGUGGAAAAUACUGAAGCCAGAAAUCUUUGCAACUAUAAUGGAUUUCUUUGCUAGUGGACUGCCUAUCAUCACAGAUGAGCAAGGUCCAGCAGAUACACAGAUAUCUGAUGAUGAUGACGAGACAGUUCAGAUGAUUAAAGAACUGUUGGAUACAAGAAUUCGCCCUACUGUGCAGGAAGAUGGUGGAGAUAUUGUUUUUAUGGGAUUUGAGGACGGAAUUGUGAAGCUGAAGAUGCAAGGAUCAUGCACUGGUUGUCCGAGUUCCUCUGUUACUUUGCGAAAUGGUGUUCAGAAUAUGUUACAGUUCUACAUACCAGAGGUUCUUGGUGUUGAGCAGGUGGAAGAUGAGAUUGAGAUAAUGACAAAGAAAGAAUUUGAAGAAUUCGAAAAGAAGAUUGGUGCUAAAGAAACAGAAAAUAAGAAUUAGGAAAGGAUUUUUUACUAGUUAUUUAUUUUUUGUAAAUAAGUUUACGUGUCACUGUACAUAAGAGAAUCUAUAGCAACUGUGUCAUGUAUUCACUAACAUGACAUUUUGUAUUGUUGAGUGAUACAUUUUCGAACUGAAAUUUGCUUAUAUGAUUUAAAGAUGUGUAGAAAAAAACAAAAAUAACUAGAUUUUUUAUAUCUCUCUGUGCAUGUAACUUAUUAUUACUUCCUCCUUAAUGGAAAUCCAUUUUGUAAAUUAUAACUGCAUCCAAUCUCAUACUGUUUAUUAUGUAUGCUGUUAAUCAUUUCACCACAUAUUCUGCAGCGGGUUUAUUUUGAAGCUAUUUCAUAUUCUAAUCAGUAUAAUGAGGCCUGUGCCUGUUACUUGCGAUUGGGUUCCUUGUCACUAUAUCCUGCCAGAUAGUUAUAAAGCAUUGGUGCAUCCAGAAAUUACAGGAAUAGGUCAGCAGUAAUAUUGCAUUUUGUCAUGCAUCAGUAAUAUUACUUUUUGUCAUUCUAGUGAAUGUCUGGAUACAUUAAAUCUGGCAUUUUCUCUUAUGCAAAGAGAAUACAAACAAAGAAAAAAUAAGGAUUUUUAUUUCAUUUCUUAAUUAAAUAAGAUUAAAAUCAUGUUAUGGUUUGUGACAGCAAUUUCCAUUUCUUAAAUGUCUACACUCUGGAUUAGUCUGUAAACUGUACACACUGUACAGGAUGAUGUAAUUAAGUAAGAUGUACCAAAUGGAAAAGGCUUAAAUGAAGAGACAUAUAUCUGUCUUCACUGGUUUCUGUGUUUUUUGAAUAAUACAUCGUUUUACAUUGCCUAUGUGUGAAACCUAAAUAAGACUGAUAGCUUUUCUUUUUAGUAAUGUGUAAAGUAUUUGUUCUGUAUGAUAAAUAUUUGUAAAUAUACUACAUGAAAUCUA